AUGACACAGCACAAGGUUCAACAGAAUAUAGAUGUGACAAACUUCAGCAGCAGCUGGAGUGAUGGCCUGGUGUUCUGUGCUCUGUUACACACCUAUCUGCCUGCACACAUCCCUUACCAAGAGCUCAUCAGCCAAGACAAGGGGCGAAAUCUCACCCUGGCUUUCCAAGCAGCCGAAAGCAUUGGUAUCAAGCCCUCUCUGGACAUCGAUGAAUUGAUGCACACAGACCGACCGGACUGGCAAAGUGUCAUGCAAUAUGUAUCUCAGAUCUAUAAGUACUUUGAGACUUAAUUUUGGACUGGAAGAAAGGAAGACGAAGAUGAAGAUGAAGAUGAGGGCACAGAAGCACUUUUAUUUGCCUGGUCCAGUUCUCCCUUCACAUUGUUUCUAAAUAUACAAACACACACAGGUCUGUAGUGUUCACACAGUCAGGUUCUCUCUCUAAAUACAGCCAGCAUAUCAUCAGUUUAAUAGUCAAACACACAAUCCUUCAAGUCUCAAACAACUUCUCUUUUUCUUACAAUUCGUGUGUCAUAUAGACCUAACUCAGUUUUUGAAGUUGCUUUGAAGGUUUGCAAUCUUGCACUGAAACUGGUAGUUUUUUAGUAUGCUAAGUUGUUGCUAAGAGUACAAGUGUAGCUGCUAAUCUUUAUAGCGAGUAUUAUUACCCAAAUCUAUAUAUUGACAUACUUGUAUAUUGAUAUACUUAAAGUAUUUUUAAAAUUGUAUUUAUCCCACAAAUAAAUUCAAAGACUUGUAAUAUGUGUUGGUAAGACGUCAAACCUGAAGUAUGAAAAUAAGUUGUUUUGUUGAAAAGUUGUAGUUUGCCACUCAGAGAGACAACAACCAACAAAACCUUAAAAAUGUCCCAAUUAUUUAACACGUUUGCACAUUUACGUAUUCCGUAUUAACAAACACUAAGAUUAUUUCUAUAUUACUCUAGUUAUUUCCUGAAAA